AUAAACACACAAUUUUGACAAGCGACUAAUAAUAAGUUUAUUUUAAUGGUAUAUUUUGGAGAACGCUAAGAAAAACUACCAUCAAUGAGUCACUUAACGGUUGAAAAAAUGGAUAAAAUCAAUUUUUUAUUAACUGAAGUGUCUUUAGAGUGUUUGGGUAAUAAAUAUUUCGAUGUUUAUGGUCAACAAACGAGCUCAUUGCUGGGACUAAUCGGUAUAAACUCGAUGCGACCGAGAUCGACAAAUGUAGAUAAUGAAUCUGAUUUAUGGAAAUCAUUGGCAAUCGAUAAUAGUAAUCCGAGAAAAACUCCAAAUUUGCCCACUGCAUCAUCGGUGACCAAUAAAAUAGACAAAAAACGUCGUGCUUCAUUUUCAAUGGAAGCAAACAAUGAAUCGGACACAAGCAAUGAUCCAGAAUCGUUAUUAGUUCCAAUGGUAUGUGCACCGAAAGCAGCCAAAAUUGGUAAUCGACGCUCAACCAUCGCUGUUCAGAGAAAGUCAACGAUUUCACCACAAAAAAUUCGACAACGAUCUAAAUCAAUUGGAGAAAUCAAACAAGAUCUGAGACGAGAUAUCAACAAACGAUACAAUUUGAUGCAUAUGCUGUCCGCAACACAAGAAGAGAAAUAUCGUACAAUGAACAUCAAUCCGAAUAUGGAAGAUUUCUUUAAAUCCGAAGAAAAAAGCCUCUUUUCACAGUGCAACACACUGAUUAAUUACAUCAAAUUCAUACAGGCACACAAUAAUAAUGCACCCAAACUUGCUAAGAUCUCACAAGCAAUAAUUCAACUACAAAAGGAAUACUAAAUGUGAUUAAAUUCAAUUUUCAUUAGGGCUACCGAAUUUUAGUUUUGUCAAAAUCAAUAAGGAAGAUGUACAUAUGCAAAAACUAAACAAAUAAACAUAAAAUGCGUUCUAUUCCUACA